UAUGAAAACAAAUCCUGUCAUCCAAGCUGCCAUUGACCUCACAGCUGGGGCUGUAGGAGGUACUGCCUGUGUGAUAACCGGUCAACCAUUUGACACCGCAAAGGUGAAAAUGCAGACAUUCCCCACCAUGUACCAAGGGCUUGUGGACUGUUGUGUGAAGACCUAUAAGCAAAUAGGGUUCCGCGGCUUCUACAAGGGGACCACCCCUGCACUUGUGGCAAACAUUGCUGAAAAUGCCGUGCUCUUUAUGUGUUAUGGCUUUUGCCAAAAUAUUGUGAGGAAAAUUGCUGGUCUAGACAGGAAAGCAAAGCUGAGCGACCUUCAAAAUGCAGUGGCUGGCUCCUUUGCUUCUGCCUUUGCCACUUUGGCCCUCUGCCCUACAGAGCUUGUGAAGUGCCGCUUGCAGACCAUGCACGAAUUGCAAUUAUCUGGGAAGAUAGUGCAACAGCACAAUACAGUUUGGUCAGUAAUCAAAAGUGUUCUGCAAAAGGACGGCCCCCUCGGCUUCUAUCGUGGUUGGUUCAGCACUUUACUACGUGAAAUUCCAGGCUAUUUUUUAUUCUUUGGAGCUUAUGAAUUCAGUCGGACCUUUUUGGCAUUCGGAAAACCAAAAGAGGAAUUAGGUCCGGUUGCAUUGGUGCUCAGUGGUGGCUUUGGUGGCAUGUGUCUCUGGAUUGCUGUUUACCCAGUGGACUGCGUCAAAUCUAGGAUCCAAGUUCUUUCCAUGGCAGGAAAACAGACUGGCUUUAUGAGAACUUUUGCAAGUGUUGUCAAGAAUGAAGGUGUGUUUGCCUUGUACUCUGGACUGAAACCUACGAUGAUCCGUGCAUUCCCAGCCAACGGUGCCCUGUUCCUUGCCUAUGAAUACAGCCGUAAACUGAUGAUGAACCAGUUUGAUAGCUAGAACUUUUAUCACAGACUGACAUCAUUGGAGUAUGUGUGGUCACCACAGCAAUUGCCCAAGUGUGAGUGACAGAUUUUAAAAUCUGAGAGUGAAA